AUGGGUGAAAUUAGAAACCAUAGAGACGACCCCGAAGAGAAUAGCAACCAUAUCCAUCUUCCGAAGAAACCUAAACUAUCAUCAUUCAUUACUCAAUCCCAAAUUCAACAAGAAUUCGUCCAUCACCAGCCUGGCGUUGCCCGUCUAAACAACGGCAGCUUCGGCAGCUGCCCAGGUUCCAUCAUCGCAGCCCAGAAACGGUGGCAGCUCAAGUUUCUUCAACAACCCGACGAUUUCUUCUUCAACCAACUACCUACCCAAAUCCUCCGUUCCCGAACCCUAAUCAAGGACAUUAUCAACGCCGAUGACGUCUCUGAAGUAUCAAUCGUUGACAAUGCCACCACCGCCGCAGCGAUUGUUCUCCAGCAGGUUGGAUGGGCAUUCGCGGAAGGCCGUUUCCACAAAGGAGACGCUGUCGUCAUGCUUCACUGUGCUUUCCAAGCCGUGAAGAAAUCCAUCGAGGCUUAUGUGACCCGUGCAGGUGGCUCCGUCAUCGUGGUACAUCUUCCUUUCCCUAUCAAGUCCAACGAAGAAAUAAUCUCCGAAUUUAGAAAGGGUUUGGCAAGGGGCAAGGCCAACGGUAGGAAAGUUAGGUUAGCCAUAAUUGAUCACAUAACCUCCAUGCCCUCUCUCAUAAUUCCAGUUCGUGAGUUGGUAAAGAUUUGCAGGGAAGAAGGAGUGAGCCAGGUGUUUGUGGAUGCUGCCCACGCGGUUGGUAGUGUCUCGGUUGAUGUGAAGGAUAUAGGGGCUGAUUUCUAUGUCAGUAACUUACACAAGUGGUUUUUCUGCCCACCAUCCGUGGCUCUUCUUUACUGCCGGAAAUCUUCUUUAUCCUCCUCGGAGCUGCACCACCCUGUGGUGUCGCAUGAAUAUGGAAAUGGACUCGCCAUAGAGAGUGCCUGGAUAGGUACACGGGAUUACAGCUCUCAGUUGCUUGUCCCGGAGGUUAUAGAUUUCAUCAACAGGUUUGAAGGGGGGAUGGAUGGAAUUAGGGAUAGGAAUCAUGAAGCUGUUGUUGAAAUGGCAGAGAUGCUGGCUAAGGCUUGGGGGACCAGCCUGGGGUCGCCUCCUGAAAUGUGUCCUAGCAUGGCCAUGGUCGGCCUGCCUUCGUCUUUGGGGGUUUUAAGCGAUGGUGAUGCUUCUAGGUUAAGAAAUCAUCUGAGAGACCAAUUUAAGGUGGAAGUUCCUAUACACUACCAGCCAUUGAAAGACACAGCAGCAGCAGAGGAGGUCGAGGGUGGGACGCUAUCAACCAGCUUUUGCAUGAUAGUUUUAAUUGCAAGAUGCUUCCUUAUCCUUCUUAGAGAGAAUAAAGUCGGAAGGGAAGUUUGACAUGACAUACUUAUGAUGAUGGGUGGGAGGUUGAUAUCUGGAAAAAGGGACGUGAAGUUCAGUUUCAGGUUGUUUGUAUUUUUAGAAAGACAGAGGAGGUCUACACUGGUUUUGUCACUUUCUUUUGGUACGUGAACAAUAUGACACAGCUUUUAGGUUUACAGUGAGUAGCUAGCGUGUAGGAAAAAGGGAAUUCUAUUUUUAUCAUGCUGGUUGGCUCAUAAGUCAUAAGAAUAAGGAGGAUGUGAUUGUGAUUGUGAUUGUGAAGAGGUUAUUAUGACUCUCAAUCUCUUUUAUUUUAUGUUAUGCAUUUUGUAAAUACUAAUAAUAUGUUUGAAAACUACAUGUAGUCAACCACCAAACUGUAAUAUCCAACAGGACAGAAUAAUUUAGGUUAAAGGAAAUGAAAUACAU